GUCACACGCAUGGACACUGCCAGCGCCACCACCAAAACUUUGGGCUUCAUCGCUAGCAAGAAUCAUUAUUUUUGUCUGAUUGUAUAUCUUACUUCUUAAAGACAUUUCGGCCUGAGGUUACCUCCUCCUCGGUGUCAACAUGUUUCGUCCCAAACCAACCCUGAAAGACCGACAUCACCUGUAUAGACUUAUAAUAAGCCAGCUGCUCUACGAUGGCUACACCAACAUCGCCAACAGUCUCAUUACCGAAGUCAAACCCCAGAGCGUGGUGUCUCCAUCUGAGCAGCUCAUGCAACUGGCCAAGAUGGGGCUUGAGAACGAUGACAGCGCAGUUCAGUAUGCCAUUGGCCGAUCAGACACCGUGGCUCCAGGAGUGGGCAUUGACCUGGAGUUUGACGCAGAUGUGCAGACCAUGUCUCCUGAGGCAUCUGAGUAUGAGACCUGUUAUGUCACAUCACACAAAGGACCAUGUCGAGUGGCUACUUACAGUCGUGAUGGACAGCUGAUCGCAACAGGCUCUGCAGAUGCCUCCAUCAAGAUCCUGGACACAGAACGCAUGCUGGCCAAAAGUGCCAUGCCCAUAGAGAUAAUGAUGAAUGAAACAGCCCAGCAGAACAUGGAAAACCACCCUGUGAUCAGGACACUCUAUGACCAUGUGGAUGAAGUCACAUGCUUGGCCUUCCAUCCCACAGAGCAGAUUCUAGCUUCUGGAUCAAGAGACUACACCCUGAAACUUUUUGACUAUUCAAAGCCCUCAGCAAAAAGAGCUUUUAAAUAUGUACAGGAAGCUGAAAUGCUGCGCGCAAUCUCAUUUCAUCCGUCUGGAGACUUCCUGCUGGUGGGAACGCAGCAUCCUACGCUGCGCCUGUACGAUUCUAACACAUUCCAGUGCUUUGUGUCAUGUAACCCCUUGGACCAGCACACAGACACCAUCAGCGGUGUCAGCUACAACCCUACGGCCAACAGCUACGUAUCCUGCAGCAAAGACGGCAGUAUCAAACUUUGGGAUGGUGUCUCCAAUCGCUGUGUCACCACUUUUGAGAAGGCCCACGAUGGAGCUGAAGUCUGCUCAGCCAUCUUCUCCAAGAACUCAAAGUAUAUCCUGUCCAGCGGCAAAGACUCUGUGGUUAAGCUGUGGGAGAUCUCCACUGGGAGAACAUUGGUCAAGUACACAGGUGCCGGCUUGAGUGGCCGUCAGAUGCACCGUACUCAGGGAGUGUUCAACCACACAGAGGACUAUGUGCUGCUGCCUGAUGAGCGCACUAUCAGCUUGUGCUGCUGGGACUCCCGCACCGCAGAGAGGAAGAACCUGUUGUCUUUGGGACACAACAACAUAGUGCGCUGCAUUGUGCACUCUCCCACCAACCCCGGCUUCAUGACCUGCAGUGACGACUUCAGAGCACGCUUCUGGUACCGCCGCACUACCACAGACUGAGCCCCAGUCACCAAGGACAUAUAUGCUUUUGAGCCAUCUGUUCUGGCAUCUUUUUAUUGGUUUUGCGGUCAACUGCGCAAACAACUUCUUUUGAAAAGAAAAUGGAACCUAAUUUGUGAUUUCAGCUGACUGUAAAUGUUUCACUUUUAUAUUUUGUCCAUGGCUUAUUGAUGUAAUUUUUAAUAAACAUCUAAAGGGGG